CUUUCUAUAUUGUAUCUAGUUCAGUCUUUCUAUCAUAAUCUUCAAGUACAAUAGCAAAUUUUAAAAUGAGCAAUCAGAGCAACAUUUCAAAAAAGAAAGUGAUCAAUUUUGGUGCAGGACCAGGCAAACUUCCGGAACAGGUAUUACAACAUGUACAAAAAGAAUUACUUGCAUACAAUAAUACUGGAAUCAGUAUUUUAGAAUUGAGUCACAGAUCGAUUGAAUUUAAAAAUAUUGUCGAAGAAGCACAAAUAACAUUACGAGAAAUACUGCAUAUUCCCGAUAAUUAUAAAAUUUUGUUUAUGCAAGGAGGUGGAACAGGAAUUUUCGCCGCUAUUCCUUUAAACAUGAUGACAACUGGUACUGCAGACUAUUUAGUAACAGGUACAUGGUCAGAUAAAGCAGCAAAAGAAGCGGUCAAGUAUGGCAAAGUAAAUUUGGUUUUGCCACAAAUCACGAAAUAUACAGAAAUUCCUGAUCCGUCCACUUGGAAGUUGGAUCCCAAUGCAUCUUAUGUAUAUUAUUGUGCUAACGAAACGAUUCACGGAAUCGAGUUUAAUUACAUUCCUGAAACAAAUGGAGUACCAUUAGUUGCUGAUAUGUCGUCAAAUAUACUUACGAGAUCUUUUGAUGUUUCAAAAUUUGCAGUAAUAUUUGCUGGCGCUCAGAAAAAUAUUGGUCCAGCUGGUGUAACUCUCGUGAUAGUAAGAGAAGAUAUCCUCGGUCAAGCUAUGAAAAUUUGUCCAACAAUAUUAGACUUUACUGUUAUGGCAAACAAUAAUUCUAUAUAUAAUACACCACCAGUAUUUCAAAUAUAUGUAGUUGGUUUAGUUUUCAAAUGGAUCAAAGAAAAUGGUAGUGUUGAAGGAAUGGAGAAACUAGCAAUUGCAAAGAGUCAAAAGAUAUAUGAUGUGAUCAAUAAAUCGAAAAAUUUCUAUUCAUGUCCAGUUAAAUCAGAUGUAAGAAGCAGGAUGAAUGUGCCAUUCAGAAUAGGUAAAAAUGAUGAAAAACUUGAAAAUGAAUUUCUAUCUGGUGCAAGUGAACGAGGAAUGCUUCAGUUGAAAGGUCAUAGAUUAGUAGGUGGAAUUCGAGCAUCUCUGUACAAUGCUGUUACUAUAGAAGAAGUAGAAAAAUUGGCAGAAUACAUGAUGUGGUUCUAUCAAAAAUAUGAUAAAAAUUAAUGAUUCUACUAUAUAUUUUAUUAUGAUUUUAUAUAUAUAUGAAUAUUAUAUAUUAUGGUUUCAUAUAUAUAUAUAUAUAUAUAUAUGAGAUACAUGAUAUUAAAAAAUUUAUAAGUUCUUUACAUAUUUUAUACAAUUUGUACAAUGUUUAUUAAAAAAAAUAUUUAAUAAUAAUGUUUAUUAUUUGUUUAAAUUAUAUAAGAUCAUAUUAUAUUAUAAAUACAUAUAUUUUUAUUUUUAAAUUUUAAUAAAAUAAUAAUAUUAUGGUUUAAA